CUUUAAACUUGUGCCGUGCAGUGUAAACAAGACGACGGUCAGGAAGGUGGAGUCAAAACAAUUCUUAUUGAAAAUACUCGUGAGACAACAGCAAACAAGAAGUAAAAUCAUAUAGUAAACUACAGGGAAGAAAUAUUCAUGUAAACGGAACAUAUUGAAGAAACACAAGAAAAUGGCUAUGAGGUUAAGUGUGGGAGGUCUCCGGCAGCUGAAUAAAGCGUGUGUUAGAGUGGCAGUGAUGGAAAAAGGUGUAACAGCAGUUGGCAGAGGGAUGUGGAAAUAUACCUCUCGGGACCUCCACACUACCACUGCCACUCCCAGUUACUCUAAGCUACCCAGACUUCAACACACAAUUUCAGAGUCAUAUGAACAGGUCGAGGUAUCCACAGCAGAGUGGCCAUACGUUGAGCGACUUUUACCUUAUACAACUAUACCAAAGCCAUCAAGCAACCCAGGUGAAGUAACUCCAUCAGGAUGGGUAGCACCAUCGGCCCAGCCAGGAGAUUACCCUUACUUUGUUCCCCGUGCAGCCAGUCACAUGAUGCCUGUCUAUGUUGAACAUGAACCCAUUCUGAAUAGAUUUGUGACAAGAGUGAAACAUGUUGAAGGUGAUAUUUUUGCACUGGGUGAAGAACUACAAGAACACUUGACUCGGCUUUUCCCUUCAAAGUACAUCAUCCUCCGUGUUCAUGAACCUCAUCAGGUGAUACACAUUAAAGGACAAUUUGUGGGUGCUGUUAAAGAAUUUCUCUUUAAGAAAGGAUUUUAAAUAUAUCUAAUAUUUAGGUAGACAGUAGUGAGUAAACAUUUCAAUAGUCAGUUUUACCUCAUUAUCAAAAACACUCACGAUUCAAGAAAAUUAUAAGAAACUCUUGUAUUCUUUAUUAAGUAGACUCGGACAAAUAUAGCAUACAAAUGUGUUGGCAAGGUUUGCACAGUCCUCUUAUAUGACAUGUCUAAAAUGAUUCUGGUCAGGGGGUGAAGUGACCUGGUAGUGCAUUGCAUUUACACCACAAGACUACUCUACACUCAUAUGAAGCAAAUUUAAAAUUACAAAGCACUGGUUAUGAUUAGUACAUCAAAGCAUAGCAGAUUUUGCCAUGUAUACUGUACUUGAAACUAUUUUGCUUCUUCUUGAUUUGUACUUAAGAUUAAUUGGUGUGCUUUAUUUGAUUGAAGAUCAGGAGGGCAGAGUUUAUUGAUAAAUUUGUAGAUGUAAUUUGGAUGUCGUCAUAAUCAGUAGGUACACGUUCAGUUAGGAAAAGCAGAGUCUGAACCUAAGUUAGCUACUACAGUAAUGUAGAUUUGGCAUUUGUAUGUUGCUGUACAUCUUGUUUGUUGUAUAUAAUUGAAUGAUAUUUUGACUUAGGGAUGAAGUACAAUAUUGCGACAGCUGUUGUACUUACAGGACGUUUUGCAAAUAAAGAUAUUGGAUA